GCCUGAGGACGUCACCAACCAGCUCUUGUACACUCCAGCAUGGCUUCGGCCACAUCCAACUGCCAGGCCGGGCUGUUGCGUUUUCUGCGUCUAGUCGGGCAGCUCAAGAGAGUCCCACGGACUGGCUGGGUAUACAGAAACGUCGAGAAGCCGGAAAGCGUGUCAGAUCACAUGUACCGGAUGGCAGUUAUGGCUAUGGUGACCAGAGAUGACCGUCUUAACAAGGAUAGAUGUAUACGCCUAGCCCUGGUCCACGAUAUGGCAGAAUGCAUCGUUGGGGACAUAGCACCUGCGGAUAACAUCCCUAAAGAAGAAAAGCACAGAAGAGAGGAGGAGGCCAUGAAGGAGAUAACCCAGCUACUGCCAGAGGACCUCAGGAAGGAGCUGUAUGAACUGUGGGAAGAGUAUGAGACCCAGUCUAGUGAAGAAGCCAGGUUCGUGAAGCAGCUGGACCAGUGUGAAAUGAUCCUUCAGGCCUCAGAGUAUGAAGACAUGGAGAACAAGCCUGGGAGGCUUCAGGACUUCUAUGAUUCCACAGCAGGAAAAUUCAGUCAUCCUGAGAUAGUCCAGCUUGUUUCUGAGCUGGAGACAGAGAGAAAUGCCAGCAUGGCCACAGCCCCGUCAGAGCCGGGCACCUGAUGGCCACAGCCGCGACAGAGCUGGGCUCCUGAGCUCACCUUGCUGCUCCACAGUGCUGCUUUGUUUGUUCCCUGGGGGUUUCCCCAAGAUGAGAGUCUGUUUUCUGUUGUCCGGACUUGAACAAGAAAUGUGAUGUAAUCCAGGCCCUAAAAGAAGCCACUAAACAGAAGUGGUCAGGAAGGUGCUGUGGAUGAAGACUGGAGAAGAGAAUGCUUCUUUGUGUGAAUUAAAAAAAAAAACAAAACAAAA